ACUCUGCACACGUCCCCAUCUCCCCCGUCUCUCCUGCGUUCUCUUCGCCUACCUUACGAUAAACUUGGCCACGUCUCAAUCUCUCUCUCUCGCGCUCUCCUCUCCUUCUAUAAUACUCGGCCUCCCCCUCGCUUCUCGCUCUGUUUCUCCGAGAAUUAGGGGGGAGGUUGGAGCUGUGCAAGAUGGUGAUUGCGCGCGGCCUUCUCCGAUCGAAUGCCUCUUCUUCCUCCUCUCAGGCAAUCAACUUAUUGAAGUAUGUAACUAGCACUGGAAGUCUGCAAGGGCACACGCAAAAUUUGUGUGAUGCAUCAACCAGACAUUUCAGUUCAGUACCAUCGCCCCAGUACAACUCAACUGAAGAGAAUGGGUUCAAGGGGCAUGGCAUGUUGGCACCAUUCACAGCUGGUUGGCAGAGCACCGAUGUUCAUCCGUUAGUCAUUGAAAGAUCUGAGGGUUCGUAUGUAUAUGAUAUCGACGGAAAGAAGUAUCUAGAUUCUCUUGCGGGACUAUGGUGUACAGCUUUAGGUGGUAGUGAACCUCGAUUAGUCAAAGCUGCAACUGAGCAAUUACACAAGUUGCCCUUCUAUCACUCCUUUUGGAACCGUACGACCAAACCAUCUCUGGAUCUUGCAAAGGAACUGCUUAGCAUGUUCACUGCAAGGGAAAUGGGAAAAGUGUUCUUCACAAAUAGUGGUUCAGAAGCAAAUGAUUCUCAGGUAAAACUGGUCUGGUAUUAUAACAAUGCACUGGGAAGGCCAGACAAGAAGAAAUUUAUUGCACGAUCAAAAUCAUACCAUGGAUCAACACUAAUAUCAGCUAGUCUAUCCGGUCUUCCUGCACUGCAUCAGAAGUUUGAUCUGCCUGCACCUUUUGUUCUGCACACGGACUGCCCUCACUACUGGCGCUUCCAUCUUCCUGGUGAAACAGAAGAAGAAUUUGCAACUAGACUUGCCAAUAAUUUAGAGGAACUUAUCCUCAAAGAAGGACCAGAAACAAUUGCUGCAUUCAUUGCAGAGCCUGUGAUGGGUGCUGGUGGUGUCAUACCUCCUCCAAAGACCUAUUUUGAAAAGGUCCAAGCGAUCGUUAAGAAGUAUGACAUCCUUUUCAUAGCAGAUGAGGUCAUUACUGCAUUUGGAAGGUUGGGAACCAUGUUUGGAAGUGAUAUGUAUAACAUCAAGCCAGAUCUAGUCUCCAUGGCCAAGGCGCUUUCAUCUGCCUAUGUGCCCAUUGGAGCAAUUAUGGUUAGCCCAGAAAUAUCAGAUGUUAUUCAUUCUCAGAGCAAUAAGCUCGGUUCAUUUGCUCAUGGAUUUACAUACUCUGGCCAUCCAGUUGCAUGUGCUGUCGCCAUAGAAGCCCUGAAAAUUUAUCAGGAAAGGAACAUUCCUGAUCAUGUGAAGCAAAUUUCUCCAAGGUUCCAGGAGGGAGUCAAGGCCUUUGCAGGAAGUCCGAUUGUUGGAGAGAUACGUGGUGUAGGGUUGAUACUUGGAACUGAAUUCGCAGACAACAAAUCGCCAAAUGAUCCAUUCCCUGCUGAAUGGGGCGUCGGCGCGAUCUUUGGAGCGGAGUGCCAGAAGCGCGGCAUGCUGGUUAGAGUUGCUGGAGACAACAUCAUGAUGUCACCACCAUUGAUAAUGACCCCUGAUGAAGUCGAGGAGCUGGUGAGCAUCUAUGGAGAUGCACUCAAGGCCACCGAGGAGAGGGUGGCUGAGCUGAAAUCCAAGAAGAACAAUUAGACCGAGUUGACAACUCCUCAUCUUGCAACUGCACGAGACGACGAUGACGAUGAUAAUGCUGGCAGCGAUGAUGAUGAUGGUGAUGGUGUUCUUGGUGGAUGUACAGAGUAAUAAUCCCUCGUCUGUCAGAAAACUCUACUCAGAGAACAGUAAUAACGCUGUUCUUAGCGUGCAAAAAAUAAUCAAAACAGCGAUCAUGCAUUCACCCAGAACCGGUGAAUCUUCACCAGAUUUCAGUCUUACGCACGGGAUUAGCUGCCGUGGUGAACUGGUGGUGACUGUCAUCUUGUAGACCAAAUCAGGUUGGAAUAAAUCAAAUUUACAUGAAGUCGCAUGAACUGCACUGUUUCUUUGAGAAUAUCAAA